GGGCGGGCCAAGACGUCGAGUAUGUAGGUUGUCCCUUACAUCCUACCGGUGCCGUACUUCAGCCGUUUAACUGGACUGCAUUGCUAAACCAUGGGCAGUGUGUUGGCUGCCAGCUCCCCAAACCCACCCCCAGCCUCAGGGGGUGGCAGUGCCCCAGGGGGUGCAGGUCUAGUGACUGUACCUCCAGGUUUCACCAUGCCCCCAGUGUCUGCAGUCCCAUCCUCCUCAGGCACACAAGGGCAGCCCGGGACAGAUGCAGAGUCCUCUCUCCCCAACCCGGGUACAUUUGAGGAGUGUCAUCGCAAAUGCAAAGAGGUCUUCCCUUUGCAGAUGGAGGGGGUACGAUUGGUUGUCAACAAGGGCUUGAGUAAUCACUUCCAGGUUAGUCACACAAUUACUCUAAGCACCUUGGGGGACUCGGGUUACAGAUUCGGAGCUACGUACGUGGGCAGCAAGCAGACAGGACCUGCAGAGUCUUUUCCGGUCAUGGUAGGUGACAUGGACAACACGGGAAGUUUAAACGCACAGAUCAUCCAUCAGCUUGCCAGCCGCAUUCGCACUAAAGUGGCAAUGCAGACGCAGCAACACAAGUUUGUAAACUGGCAGUGUGAUACAGAAUACCGUGGUGAUGACUUCACAGCUUCUGUUACUCUUGGCAACCCAGAUGUUCUCGUUGGAUCUGGUAUCCUUGUGGCGCACUACCUCCAGUCCUUGUCUCCCGCUUUGGUAUUGGGUGGUGAACUGGUCUAUCACAGGAGGCCAGGAGAAGAGGGCACCGUCACAUCAUUUGUGGGCAGAUACACAGGUAGUAACUAUGUCGCCACUUUGACUGUUGGAGGAGCUGGUGCACAUGCGUCAUAUUACCACAAAGCCAAUGACCAGCUCCAGAUUGGGGUCGAGUUUGAGGCCAGCACACGGAUGCAGGACACAAGCGUGUCGUUUGGUUAUCAGUUGGAUGUACCUAAAGCAAAUCUGCUUUUUAAAGGUUCUUUAGAUAGCAACUGGGUGGUGGGAGCGACACUGGAAAAGAAGCUAGUUCCCCUUCCUCUAUCGUUAGCUUUAGGCGCCUUCCUUAACCACCGCAAGAACAAGUUUCAGUGUGGCUUCGGCAUCACCAUUGGAUAGAAGAGCCAUGGCGAUUUAAGAAUCUCAGCAGAUACAACCCUCCACCACGCUUGGACCGGUGCAAAGAGACAUGGGGACAUGGACCAACACUGAAACGGACUCAGAGACUCCCAGUAUUAGCGUGUCGAACCUUCACAAGGACAGACAAGGACACCGAGCUCACAGGACUGUCCAGCAGAGCUCUCAUCAAUCGAAAUGUUCAGUUACCUGAUAAACAGACAGUCAUAUAAGGUUUGUUUUUAAAAGCACAUCAUGUGAAAGAAAUGUGUCUGGUAUGUGUAACAUCACGUGUUUUGUAAGGACGUAUACAUCCAUAUUCACAGUAUGAGUUGACAUGCUUUUGCUUUUUUUUUUUUGAGACAAUUUUUUUUUUUAAUUCAACGGUUUUCUUAAGGGCCAAAGAUUUGCGCCCUCUCCAUUUUUUUGAUUUAUGAAAAAAAAAAACUUGUCUUGGUCUGUAUAAAUGUGGCCGGGUGGUGCGUUUUUCUUUUCUUUUUUUUACUUGUUAAUGUAAAAAUAUAAUGAUUUAAUAUUCAUUAAUUCACUCGAUGAAAUGCUGUUUGUCAAAAUUACGAAAAUUCAAUGCAUGGGAAGCUCUGGAGUUAAAGAAUGGGUUGUUUAAGUCGACGCCUGUGUCCCUUUGUCUCUCAUAACUGAUCACAAAGAACCGGUGAGAAUUUUGAUCAUGAGGUCCUCUUCCUGUAUUUGUCUGUUAGGGUCCUAGGGCCAAAUUCGGAUGCUGGUUUAAUAUUUACCGGGCAUAACAAAUCAAGACUGUCCUUUUUAUGUGUCUGGACAUAAAAUGCGUCACUGAAUUUUCCACAUGGAAGAAUUUCCAAAGUUUGUAUUGUUUUAAUUAGUUGUUGUACACAAGGUUUUUGGGGCAGUCAAAGCGUUGGUGCAGAUACUGUAAUAAACCUGUACAAUUUAAGCUGGUUUUAAUGGCCAGUGGAGUUUUUCAUGUCUCGUGCUGAUUUCAUGUGUUUGUGGCCUGGCUUUCGGCCUGAUUCUAAUGGAUGAUUUUACAGUGCAAUUAUGUUGAAUAAAUAUUUGGUUGUGAAUUGA